AUGCAGAACGGAGUCGACCACCUAGAACACAUCUGGAUCAUCACGGGCCCCGCAGGAUGUGGAAAGACUACUGUCGCCCAGCACCUCGCUGCCGAGAUGUCGCUACCCUAUAUCGAGGGUGAUGAUUACCAUCCCAUGGCCAACAAGCAAAAAAUGGCCUCUGGAACUCCCCUUACCGACGCCGACCGGUGGGAUUGGCUGAUCACCCUCCGUGAAGAGGCCAUCAAGAAACUCCAAACCUCCAACUCCGUCAUUGUCACAUGUUCGGCUCUCAAACGGAAAUACCGCGACGUCAUCCGGGUCGCCAAUUACGAACACCCUUCGGUCCAAGUCCAUUUCAUUUAUCUCAAGGUCGACGAAGCAACGUUGCAAGCCAGGGUGGCUGCCCGAGUCGGCCACUAUAUGAAAGAAGAAAUGGUGCACAGCCAGAUGGCGACGCUGGAGGAGCCAGAGGAAGACCUUGAAUGGGAUGUCAUGCAGGUCGAUGUGAGGGAAGACAAAGAAUUGGUCAAGCAACAUGCGGCAGAACUGGUGCAGCGCAAGCUGAACGAGUAUGAAGAGUUGGGAGCGCAGCAACAAGGCUAA